AUCGCUAAGAGCGAAAGUCUUUUGAUGUGUGUUAGUUGUAAAAGCAAUAGAUAUUUCCAUGUUUUAGAUCGAAUUAAAAGAUUUUGGUAGUUUUUUAUUGAGAGUUGUCACUUAAUAUCUGAGUUGUUAUCUCUUAGUGUUUUGAGUUAUUAUCUCUUAGUGUUUAGUGUAGGACAUCUUGGACGUGACAAAACAUGGAAUGAGGUGAAAAAUCAUUAUUCGCACAUACCUCUUGAAGCUGUGUGUAUAUUUAUUAGUUUAUGUGAUCACUGUGUUUCUCGAAAAGUUUUUCCAAAACCAGUUGUUGGAAAACCAGUUGUAUCACUUGGAUUUAUGACACGAAUGGAAAUGGAUUUAAUAGAUAUGCGCAGUAGCGAAUUUAAUGGCUAUAAAUGGAUUUUUCACGCAAAAGAUCACUUUUCUAAAUAUUCUUGGUUGCAUCCAGUGUUUACUAAAGAGACUGCUAAUGUUGCACAAAUAUUAAAAUCAAUUUUUUUCCAGUUUGGACCACCAAAAAUUUUGCUGUCAGACAACGGACGGGAGUUUGUUGCUCACUUAAUUUAUGAUUUGAAAAGAACAUGGACUGAUUUGAUUAUUAUAAAUGGGCAUCCCCGACAUCUUCAGUCACAGGGUUUAGUCGAGCGUGGUAAUGCGGUCGUUCAGCAGCUUCUUGUGAUGCUGGCUAUUAAUACCAGUAUCGCAAAAACUACGAAAAUGACACAAUUUGAGAUGGUAUCCGGUCAGCAACCUCGGUCUGACGAAGAUUUUUGGAAACUUAUUCAACAACAAAUGAAAGAAAAUAAUGCUAAUAAUUCGGCUAUACCUGAUAUUGAAAAAGGUAUUAUGUUAGAAGAAAAUUUGCCACUAGAUACAGCAACAUUAUUUGAAGAAUUUGAUAAAACAGUCGCACAAUCAGAUAAUGAUAAUGAUAACUUAUUGUACAAUCAUAAUAAAUCUGAUAAUGAAGGAGAUAAUGAUAAUAAUAAUUCAGUAAUAAAUUAUCCAGUUGAUGAUAGAAUACAAAAUUCACACCGAAAUGCAAUUGUUGAUGCUGAAGAGAACAUGAAUAACAAUGAUGACCCGAUUACAUGGUUAAAUUCGAUAAUAGACUCAUCCGAUAAGGGCAGAGUCAGUCAAUAUGACGCAGAUUCGAGCAGUUUUGAGCCAUCCGCCAGUGCAAGCUCAAGUGCUAUCCGUGAUCUUAGUGCUUGUAGUCCAAUACGAUCGUCAUAA